CCCACUAGAAAUUCUUCAAAUUGCCUGUCAUUGUUGACCUGUCUGAUCUGUGGACCAACAAAAAUGCUUUCCUUAAUCUUGGCAUCAGUUAUUCUGGGAAGCAUCAGUCUCAAAUAUCAAAAUCCUUCAUAGAAAUUUUUGUGCCUGGUGAUAGCAAAUUCCAUCCUUACAGUCCUGAACCAAAUAAUUAUGACUAAAACCUGUCCUGCCAUGCAGCAGCCACGCCGCCUAAGCGUGUCCAAGCAUGCCUGGACGAGACAGGAAACUUUCCAGCUUACAUUUUAAUUGACUUGAAUUAUGAAUUGAAAUAAUAAACAUGUUUUUUUAAAUGGUGCAUGAUAGGAAAAUUUCAUGGUGAUUUUCAUGAUCAGUAGUCCAAAAUUCAUAAGAUACACCUAAAGAUAUUCAGGAAGCAAAAUCUUUGUUGUCCAGUAGCAGGAAAGCACUCUUGACAGGCUGUAUUUUGAAGUGUAAAGUUUACUUGCCCACACUUUCAUAGAAUUUGUGACUGAUAGUCCAAUUGUGAGAAACAAAAUUAGCAUUAGCUAUCCUUCUGCGUGACUGUAAAAAAUAACUCUAGAAGAAAUAGUUGAAUAUUUGUAAUGUGUUGAACCUAAAAUAAUGUACCAGAAACUUAAAUUACCAGGAAAAAAGAACUCUUGCAUCAUACUAGUUCUAUUUAUAGGACAGAAGUAUGCUAACAUUUUCUUCUGGGCAUUAUCAAACAAGCUGGCUGUGUUAUCUAUAGCAUUAUAUUAAAAGUAUUGUUAUCUUAGCUAGAGAAGAAACUGCAAUCCAGUUUUUCAGAGAAAUUAUACUUUUGAAAUACAACUUGGGAAAAUUUGCCAGUCCACAGAUCACUUAACAUUUAUGAAAUGACUGGCACUUUCUCACUUACCAUUAAAGUGGAUUAAUUUAUGUGAUGAACUUUAAGCAGCUAAACCUCCCACUGUCACUGAGUUCACAUUCAUCAAUAAAGUUACCACAGUGGAAUAUUUUACUCAGUCCAUCAGUUUCAGAGUUGUACCAUUUCUGCCUAAUGGGGUGAAUAAAAACUCCUUUAAUAAUUUCCAGCAACUGCACUUUGCCCAUUGACAAACAGAAGUUACUAAAUUUCCAGGCGUAGCUCAGAGGGAAAAGGAGAACUAUUUGGUUAGGGCUCGCACUGUGAACUCUCAAGAUCCUAGAGCCAGGUCAGCGUUCAAGACAGUUCAUAGUAUGCUUCACAGUGACUCCAGUAAUCUAAAAAUUUCCUCAUUUCUCAAAACUGUAGAUAUCAACAUACAAUUAGUUUCUUCUCUUAUAAAAAGCACAACUGCAAAAUUCUGCGGAAUUCUUCAAUGAAAAAAACAGAAAACUUUACAUACACUCAGCGGUUCAGGAUUCUGAGGAAAGACCAUUAACACUGUCCCACAGUCUACAUAUGCUGCCUGAUAUACUUAAAGUAUAUAUAUAUCUACACUUGGACUGUUUUAAGUUAGAAUCUGGUGUCUCUCAAAUAACGUGCUAAGAUUCUAACCUGAACAGAUAAGGCUGUGAAGUGGAAUGGGGUAGUAGUGACAUGGCCAAAUAGAAUUGUAUUCAAACAAGAUGCCUGAGAAGCAGGAGAUUAAAUUGCUAAGAAAUUAAAUCAAAGAUUCCUAAUAGUUAACUUCUGGAUUUGAUAAUUACUUAUGAGAUCAGUUCAAAAUUGUAAAAGAACAGAAAAUACUGGAGAUGCGUACUCCAGGACAGGUAGAAUUUAAUAGGAAAAAAACUGAGUUAACAUUUUGGGUCAAACAACAGGAAUUCUGCAGAUGCUGGAAAUUCAAGCAACAUACAUCAAAGUUGCUGGUGAACGCAGCAGGCCAGGCAGCAUCUGUAGGAAGAGGUGCAGUCGACGUUUCAGGCCGAGACCUUUCGUCAGGACUAACUGAAGGAAGAAAUACAGAAUGGUGGAUACACAAUUACCGUUAUGGCCCAUCAACUUUGCCAUGGGUACAAUGGACCUGUCAGAUCUCGGCAACCAUUCUCAUUCCUUUGAUGUAAAGCCGUUUGCUGCAGUAAACUUCUCCAGUGCUUCUGCCAUUCAUUAUGAGGAUCAUGCAGCUGCCUCUUUAAGAAUUGAUGAGUCUUCUUCAGACUAUAAAUAUGAUGACAGAUUUCUGGACUAUCAAAGCACGAUUAAAGUUGAACCAUCCUCCUUAAAUGAAAUAUCAGGGAAAGGGCCAGCACUUUCAAAGCUGCAAGAAGAUUCGUCAAGUUCAACCCUGUCGAUUGAGUGCAGAGUAUGUGGUGACAAGGCUUCAGGAUUCCAUUAUGGGGUCCAUGCUUGUGAAGGGUGCAAGGGUUUCUUCCGGCGAACAAUAAGGCUGAAGUUGAUGUACGAUAAAUGUGACCUAAACUGUAGAAUUCAGAAAAAGAACAGAAAUAAAUGCCAGUACUGCAGGUUCCAGAAGUGCCUCACAGUUGGCAUGUCUCAUAAUGCAAUUAGAUUUGGAAGAAUGCCACAGGCUGAAAAGGAGAAACUCCUGGCUGAAAUCUCCAGUGAUACGGAUCAACUGAACUCCGUGUCCGCUGACCUCCGUGCUCUUGCCAAACAUAUGUUCGAAUCAUACAUGAAGUCUUUUCCUAUAACUAAAGCAAAAUCUCGUGCAAUCAUGGCAGGGAAAACAGGGGACAAAUCGCCUUUUGUUAUUUAUGACAUGAAUUCAUUGAAGGCUGGCGAGGAACGCAUCACAUUCAAACAAACGCCCCUGCAAGAGCAGAACACGGAGGUAGAGAUACGAAUUUUUCAACGCUGUCAAUUUCGUUCAGUGGAAGCUGUGAGGGAAAUCACCGAAUUUGCUAAGUCUAUCCCAGGAUUCAUAAAUCUGGACUUAAAUGACCAAGUGACUCUUCUUAAAUAUGGAGUCCAUGAGGUCAUAUUCAGUAUGCUCGCUUCUCUGAUGAAUAAGGAUGGCCUACUGAUUGCUGCCGGCCAGGGUUUCAUGACAAGAGAGUUUUUGAAGAGCCUAAGGAAACCCUUCUGUGACGUCAUGGAGCCCAAAUUUGAAUUCGCUAUGAAGUUCAAUGGUUUGGGCCUCGACGAUUCUGACAUUGCAAUAUUUAUUGCUGUUGUCAUACUCAGUGGAGAUCGGCCUGGAUUGCUGAAUGUUAAACCAAUAGAAGAUUUGCAAGACAGCAUCCUACAAGCACUUGCCCUUCAGCUUAAGAUAAACCACCCAGAUUCACCUCAGUUAUUUGCAAAAUUGCUUCAGAAAAUGACUGAUCUGCGACAGAUUGUUACUGAGCAUGUGCAGCUUCUGCACACAAUCAGGAAAACAGAGGCAGAAAUGAGUCUUCAUCCACUCCUGCAAGAAAUAUACAAAGACCUGUAUUAGACAUCCUCAGCCUCAAUCAUAGACAAAGCAGUUUCUUCUUCGCAAUGGCACUGUUUUAUUAUCUGAUUUUAGCAAAUGAAAAUCAUGAACAAUGGCCUCAUCAAACAUUCAAACAAUUGUUUGUGGAAUUGCACACAGCUCCAUUAUGCAAAUAGAAGUAAAGUGGAGGAAAAAUUUUCUUUUUGAUUGCUCCUGAAUAAUCCUUCACUGUUCUGAAAAUUGUUUAUGAAAGUUUUUUCAGAAAUUGUCUGUUAAAUAGUGAGGAAUAAAAUUUAAAGCCUAGGGUAUUCAUAUUUUAAUAUUUUCCAACAGUUUUAACUUUGCGUGCACUCUGGUUUUUCCCUUUAGGACCACACUUAUACUGUCUCAUCAGCAUUUUCAUGAAUACAAUUGAAGCUUCUAUUGAUACUUUAGUACCACCGAUAAUUAUUAUUUGAUGUAUUCACUUGCCAAGUAUCAUACUAAAAGAGUUCAAAGUACAUUUAUUAUCAAAGUAUGUAUACGUUAUACAACCUUGAGAUUUGUCUCCUAACAGACAGCCACAAAACUCUUCUUUUUUAAAAAAAGAGUCCAGAUGUAUAUGUGUACAACUGGAUUUAAUACAGAACAUCAAAAUCAUAACAUUUGAAUGAUUUCAUUUUGUAACAUUAACUACUUAGCUCUAAAUUUCACAUUUUGUCACCCAGAACUAAGUCUUUUGGAUAACUUAAAAGAUGUGUUGAAGGUUCUUGCUGCCAAAUAAUUUUCCAAAGAAAUAGAAAUACACCAUUGAGAAAGGAGGGUGUUCUAGCUGACACUUUAUUAAAGUUCAUUUCAUUGUUUUAAGUGCAAAGUGAUUUUAACUGAAAAGUGUAACAGUAAUAACACAUCAUGUUAUAUAAUCUACAAAAGUUCAUGGUAGCAUUGGAUUCUUUGUGAAGCCAACAGAAAAAAAUGCAAUGUUAGUUUAGAAUGAAAUAUCUUUAUUAAAAUAAUUCCAAGUAUAAAUUAAAUCUAUAAAUACUAAAAUGUAAGGGUACAGAAACUUUCCCAAAGAUAUGUACAUUGAUUUGUAAUUGUUUAUAUGCACUAGAUUACAUUAAAAGUUAUACAAUAAGGCCAAUUAAUUAGUUAAAAGUAUCAAUAUUAAGCAUUGCUGAAGCUUCAUCAUGCAUUUUAAUUAUAUUGUUAGAAAUUUGGUUUAAAAUUAAAUUCUAAUGAUAAAAGUUUAUCUCUUUCUUUCCAACCUGCCCCACCUCCUUGGAAUUACUAAAAAAAAAGCUUCAGAUUUUAAGUUUGUGAACUCUUAUGAUUUUUCAUGUUUAUUUUACUAAAUGUACAGAAUCCUUACAUGGCAUCUUUGCAUUUCUGGGAACAUUAAUGUUAAGUCAGUUUUACAGCAAGUACCAUGGUUAAGCAUGUCUCUUGAUAAACUAUUGAACUGAUGGAGAUCUUCUUCUGCAGUGUGACUGGUCCACAAGAAGGAAUGUAUAUCACUUGGAUGGUAUUAAGGAUGGUGUUUGUUUUUAAAGAGGGAUUCUCAUUUUUAUUCACAUUCUUUUUUUUUCAGAUUUCUUUAUGACAGAGAAGUUCCCAUUUGUCUCCUAGAGUCUAUGCCAGUCCUCAGAGCACUCUCAGUCAUCCCUUUCCCCAUCAGAUUUUGUGCAACCUAUUGUGUCUCAUAUGUUCAUUAACUCUACCCAUCACCCACUUCUCCCUCCAGCCACGCAUACCAGGAAUAAUCUGCAGUUGGUUUCAGCCAUCAAUUAACUUACCAGCACAUUUGGGACGUGGAAGGAAACUGAGGGACCAGAUGAAAACUCACACCAUUACAGAGAGAACAUGCAAACUCCACACAGACAGCUCCCAAGGUGGCAAUCAAACCCAUGUCUCUAGAUCUAUGAGGCAAUAGCACUAGCUAGAUAGCAGCCUUGUCACUUGGUUGUCCCCAUUUCAUUUUUUAAAAGUCUGCAAAAUGUCAUUAUUGAAUUUGACACCCUGUCAAUGUCAAGUUUAUAAUGGGCAGGCAAAUAGCUUUAGAUCAGUAGCAAUCACAAGGAAAACAUACAAAUCACGCACAGCUUUUGAACAAAAUACACAACUAGAACAAAGGAAAGCAAAGUCCAUUUUAGCGCAAAGUGUUCACAGUGUUGCUAAACCAUUGUGAUUAGGGUUUUGUCAGCUGGUUCAAGAACGAAAUGGUUAAAGGAAAGCAGCUGUUCUUGAAUCUGGAGGUAUGGGGCUUCGGGCUUCUGUACCUCCUGCCCAAAGGUAGCCACAAAAAUGAUACCAUGGCCUGUGUAGUGGAGAUCUUUGAUGAAGGAUGUUUCCUUCUUGAACCAGUGCCCCUGUAGGUGCUACCAGUAUUGGCGAGGAGUGUGCCCGUGAUGUAUUGGGCAGAGUUCUCUACUGUCUGCAGCUUCUUGUGUUCCUGCGCAUGUGAAUUGCCAUACCAGAUCACAAUGCAACCAGUCAAGGUACCUCUGUAGAAACUUGUUGGAGUGUCCAGUGAUAAGCUGAACCUUUAUAAGCUCCUUACAUGACUUAAAGCAGACUAAUUCAAGUCCUUCUGUCAGUUUCAGACAAAUAAGGGGUAGGCAGCAGGAAACAGCCAAUUUCGAUGUAAUUCAACCCCAUUUUAAGGUAAAUAUGCAAACUUAAUUUGAUACCUUCAUUGCACAUUCUGAUGUGUAUGCAUCCAGUGGAAGCAGCCUGUGUGUAUACUUGAAUGCUAUCAUUACGUGCCUGCACAUUGAAGAAACUAGUUAUAGAAUAUCAACCUAGAAAGUCAAUUCUGAAGUCUACAGUUUUACACACCACAAGAUUAAAUGGUAAUGUGAAAUUGGUCACCGAACUUGACCAGCACUUCCAAAUGGAAUUGCUUAUUUCCCUGUGAUGGCAUUCCCAUACAUAAAGACAGUUGGAUGAUUUGCAGUGAUAACAGUUACCAUGCAUUGAAUGUUUAAUACUAGUGUAAAACAACUGGGAACGAUAUUGGUUAUAAUUGGGUCUUCAUGAUGGGGGGAAAAAAUUAAAAAUCCUUAGCCUUGGUAACCACAGAAGUUGGCUGGUGGAUUCUUCUCCCACAUUCUGGUGAAACAUUUUUUUUAGGUAUGUUGCACUUUCUGGGGGGUGGGGGGGUCUCUUCAGACCUCACCCUAGGUGUUGACCUUCCCCAUCAUGAUGUCAGAGAAUCCAUUCUGUAAUUUCUAACACAAAGUCAGUCAAUUCCGCCUCAGUACUUAUAGUGGCAUUCCCAAUGAGAAUCAUCACUUCUUGCCUGACUUCACAGAUUAUAUGCGUCCGUAAGCAAGUCACUGCCCCUCCAUGUCCCCAGAAAGGACUGGGUGUGGGUAUCUGCAUACCACCAGUAAAGCACAUGCAAAAUAACAUUUGGACUAGGGGUUCACAGACCCCUCGGUUAAAGGUAGGGGUCUAUGGCAUAAAAAAGAUUGGAAACCUCUGAUUUAGACCAUUGGUUUAACAAUAGGGUUGAUAUAAUAUGGACCAAAAUUCAUUAAAGAAAAAUAAUGGCAGGAAAUCCUCAGUACAGUACUAAGAUAUUUAAUAUAAGCACAUAAUGCUGAAUUAAUUCCAUCACAUGUAUACUUUGCUUAAACAACAAUUAAUGAAAGCUGAUGAAACUUUCCAAUCAGAAUGACAGAGCUAAAUCAAUAUUAACAAAAUAAUCUGUUUGGCGUUGAGUGACGGUCUAUAACUUCAGCCUUCCAUCAAUAUUCAAUCAGUUUAAAUAAGUGUUACUACAUUUUACUUCAUUUAUUGAGAUUCUCUUUAUCUUAAAUCAAUGUUGUCCUUGCCUAAUAAAACAUAGAUUCCCAAUUACUAGAACAUCAUAUUCUAACCAAAACCACUAUCAUUGUGGAUUCCUGCUGAGUAUAAUAUUGGACUAAAUACAGAGCUAUGUAACAGUAAUGUCAAAAUGGGUUUAAUUAUUUGUGAAGCUCUUUGGAAUGUUUCUAAGACGUUCCAAAUAAAUGUAACACUUUUUUUUAUCAAGAAAGAACUUGCCCACAUGGGAUUGCUCUAUGACUCUAUAUAGGCAGACCUAUCCAGCAAAGGGUUAAGAACAUUACAUUGAUUUCUGCUUGGGUAUGUUUUGGGGAUAUUGUGUAGCCUGUCUAUUUGGAAACAUGUGUGGGCCAACAGAAAUUAUUGUUCAAAUCAUCUGGUAGUAAUGUUUGCCAAAUUAUUUGUGAUAUAUUGCCCCAGCAGUAAAGAGAAGCCCAUUGUGAAUAUCAGAAUGUCUCCACUGGCUGGGGAGGGAAGGAGGAGCCGUAGUAUUAGUGGUUCCCUUGUAUAAUGUGGAAACUUGGCAAACGACAUUGGACUUCAUCCUGCUGUUGGUGUUGAUGAUUAACUAGUUCUGUUGAAUCAGCAUAUCCCGAGUCAGGUUUAGAUCCCUGCUGAUUACAUUGUGCCAAAUUCUCCUCAUAUUUUCUGCCAAACUAUAAACAAAUGCCCUUGUUUUCAUUUUUCCAUUGUGAAUAGUGCUAUAAUGUGUUUUCAGAUUUUUUUCCAUCAGAUCGUAUAAUAUAAUCAAAGUACUUGCAUCUUUAAGAUUUAGUAAAGGAGCGGCAAUUUUAAUGGUUUGUUUUAAUGAUAAACUGCCUCCUACUAAAAUUUCUGAAAGGCAAAACAAAGGUUGCUUUGCAUGUGUAUGUUCUUUCACAUUCAACAAAAUAAAACUACAGAACUAAAUUAAUGUAUUAGGCAUGAGGUGAUGGGCUCCAACCAAUGAGGAUGAAAACACCAUUGUGUACAAUCCAUAUCUUUGGAAAUCCACACUAGUGCUAUAGGGUGUACAAGUUUUGUACCGCAACUCAGUUGAUAUGCAAUGAGAAUUAUUAAAGUGAAUAAAUGUAAACGCAUUGUUGUGGUGUCAAAUCUGUGACAUUUUGCAAAACAAAAAAUAGAUUAAUAAUAGGUUUACUUAUUGUGCAACUUUUUUUUAUAAAUAAUGAUAUAAGCCAAUUCAUUUGAUAUGUUCAAUUUACCUUCUUAAGACAUUACAUAAAACGUGUCUACAUAUAACCUGAGCCUUGUUUUAUAAAGACAGAUAAUCAAUAAAAUAUUAAAUUUUCUGUUCAUUUUUAUUUCUUGAAAAUAAUUAAAAUUUUAAAUAAGUGCUUUUGAAAUUGCACCUGGGUAAUGUUAUGCAAAUUAUUUGUAGAUUUUAUAUAAGUAUAGAGAUGUUUUAACAUGUAUGGAUGGCAGUAAAUAUCAUUCAGGGAUUUUCAGAUUUUUUAAUUGUCUAGCUUUGCUUUUAGUGGAUCUUAUCAUGUACAGAAGAAUUAUUUGAUGUAAUGUUAAAAUAUACUGAAACAGUGUUGAAUUAGGUGCUGCAUCAAGCAUGUUAUUUUUACCUGUGAAACAAUUGUAACAAAAGAUGCAAUACUAAUUUGUAACCACAAGAGGUUGCUAUUACAACUGUGACAGACUGUAUUAAAAAUACUGCGUUUCAACUGAACUUAGAGCGCAAUGGAAUGCACUUAGAGUUAUCAGAAACAGUAAUACUUCGAAGUUUAUAUUGUCAUUUUAGCUUAAUGACCAGAAGUUUAGCAAAUGAAAUGAAACUUUUUUCUUUGAAAAAUGCAAAAUAUGGAGUUGAAUGGACUGUUGGAUGAGAAAGCACAAAUGUGAUAUUUUUUUCACUUGCCAUUCACUAUAGUCAUUAUUACUCAAAGGGAAUAUUUUAGUUAAGCAAACUUAUCUGUAGAUUGUAAAAUUGACUGUUCUGUAUUGGGAAAAUAUUUUAAAUAAAUAAACAAGCUAAGCUUUCAAAUUGA